AUGGCUCACCUGCGUGGUACUGGUGACGAAGAUGACGAAGGAGCACUAGUGUCUCCUUUUGCCUUAUCUCCCCUGGGUGUCCCGUCCCCCUCUGCAGCAGCAGGAGCAGCAGCAGCAGCAGCAGGAGCAGGAGAAGGGAGUCCUAUGAAUAUAUUUCCUCCCCUAGGGACACAAAGAGUGUCUCUUAGUAUAGAUUAUAGUAUGUGUAUAGGACUAAGAGGGAGACAGCCGCAAUUAUAUGUAUGGGGACUAAAUAGGGAUAAUGUAUUAGGUAUAGGUAUACAGCAGCAGCAGCAGCAGCAACCAUCAAUUGUCUCCUUUUUUGCUAAACAAUAUGUAUAUUCUGUUGCUGCUGGGCAUAUGCAUGCAUUAAUAUUAAUAAAAAAAGCGCAUGCAUUAGGGGGUAAAUUAUACACUGUAGGUCUAGGUAAUGACGGACGAUUAGGUUACCCUAAAAAAGUUACUAAAUCUUCUGCUGCUGCUGCUGCUGCAGCAGCAGCAGCAGCAGCAGGAGCAGCAGGAGGAGGUGGUCGUGGCGGUGGUGGUGCUGGUGGUGGUAGUUCUAGUUCUAGCACCCAUGGGCAGCAGCAGCAGCAGCAGCAGCAGCAGCAGGAAGGGGAGGAGGAGGAAGAAGAAGGAGAAGGAGAAGAAGAAGAAGAAGGAGACAGCAGCAGCAGCUGGUUUACUCCUCAUCCUUAUAGGAUUGCAUGCGGAGCUUUUCAUACAUUAGCAGUAUCUACAACAGGUCUAUUAUAUUCAUGGGGUACAGGUCUAGGGUUAGGGUUAGGGUUAGGAGACAGCAGCAGCAGCAGCAGCAGCAGCAGCGGUAGUGUAGCACCGCAACCGCAGCAAGUACGCAGCAUAAAUGUCCCCGUGCUGCAGGCAGCAGCAGCAGCAUAUCAUUCUGCUGCUAUAACAGUACAAGGAGACAUAUUAUGUUGGGGUGUAGGUAGUAAUUACCGUCUAGGUAUAACAACAAGCAGCAGCAGCAGCAGCAGCAGCAGCAGCAGCAGCAGCAGCAACUGCAGCGACCAGCCUUAUCCUGUAUAUAUUAACGAAUUAAGGAAUAAGAUGUUUGUUGCUGAUCUAAGAGCUCAGGUGUCUGCGCAGAUAGGCAUAGGGAGGAGUGGUGAUUUACCCCUACCUAUAGCAGCAGCAACAGGAUCAGCAGCAGCAGCAGCAGCAGGAGGAGCAGGAGGAGGAGGAGGUGCACUAGCAGCAGCAGCAGCAGGAGCAGCAGCAGGGUCCUGGUCUAUAAAUAAUGUUGCAUGCGGACUAAAUCAUACAGCAGCAACAACAGCAGCAGGAAGUUUAUGGGUAUGGGGAAGUAAUAAGAAGGGACAAUUAGGUAUAGGGAAGGAGACAGAUAAAGAAAAAGAAGAAGAAGAAGAAGAAGAAGGAGAAGAAGAAGAAGGAGAAGAAGGAGGAGGAGGAGGGAGGAGACAAGGAAAAGGAAGAGGAAGAGAAGAAGGAGACAAUAAUAAUAUAAUAAAUGAGCCUUUUCUUCUUAAUUGUUUUUCUUUACCUGUUAAGCUUAUUGCAUGCGGAGACAAUCAUACAAUGUGUCUCCUUAUUAAUGGGGCUUUAUUUACAUGGGGAGACAAUUCUUAUGGCCAAUUAGGUAUAGGACAUAAUAGACCUGCCUAUACACCCCAAGGUGUCUCCUCUAUAAGAAAUAUUAUCUAUAUUGCUGCUAAUAAUAAUUAUAGUGCUGCUAUUACUGCAGGUAUUAAGGAUACAGAGCAGCAGCAGCAGCAGCAACAGCAGCAAUUAGCAUUACCACCUGCACCAGCUGCAACACCAGCUGCAGCAGCAGCAGCAGCUGCUGCUGCUGCAUGCAUGCAAGAGGUGCAGCAAACUGCAGGACAGCUAUGGAUGUGGGGAGCAGCAGAGGGAGGGAAGUUAGGAUUAGGAGAGAAAAUUGUUAGCGGUGCUGUAUUAAUACCUCAUACUGUCUCCUUACCUCAUCCUGUAUAUAAACUUGCAUUAGCCCUAACAAUAAGAGGUGUGUUAUUUGCGUGGGGUUGUGGAUUCUAUGGUCGUCUUGGUCUUGGUCAUGCUGCUAAUGUAUAUACACCUGCACCUGUCUCCUUUCCUCAACCAGUUAAGAUAAAGGAGAUAGCAGCAGGGAGUACAGCAUCUGCAUGUGUCUCCUUAGAUGGAGACAUAUGGGUAUAUGGUUGGGGAGACAAUGCAUGCAUGCAAGCAAGUUGUGGUUAUAGGAGGGCAGAGCAAUUAGAUAGACCAGAAGAAGUUGAGGGUUUACCAAACCCUGCAGAACAAAUCUAUACAGGCAUGCAGCAUUCUAUUGCUAAACUUAGGAAUGGGGAGUUAUAUGCCUGGGGUUGUACAGGAGGGGGAAGAUUAGGGGUUGGGUAUAAGAAGAAGCAACUACAGGAAACCCCCGCUAGGGUUAUUCCUCAUUGGGCAGACCCUAGUGUCUCUGCAGGAGGAGCAGCAGCAACAGAAGCAGCAGCAGCAGCAGCAGCAGCAGCAGCAGCAGUAGCAAACCCUGCACUAAUGUAUGGACAGGAAGCAUACGAUGCACAACCUGCUCUUGAUAGGAUUUAUCUACCCCCAGCGUUAAGCGAGAGUGAGGUACAAGGGUUUCUAUCUCGAUUAGCAUUUGCUGCAGAGGGGACACAAAAAGGAGACAUUUCUUGGUUAUCUCUGCAGCAGCUGCUGCAGCAAGAGGAGACAGAGUGUCUCCCUAAUAAUAUAAAAUCCUUAGAGGAUUCAUUAAUUGCUGUAUUAGGGAGACACAUUGAUUUAUUAUUACAAUUAGGAGACAGGGAGCAAGAACUUAAAACCCUAGAGACACAAUACCAGACAACACUCAUUGGUGUUGCUGCUCGUGCUCGUUGUGCAUUGGCUAAUGCAUAUGCUGGUGACACACCUGCUGAACUACAAUCAAAAUUAUCUGAAUUACAACCAUUAGCAUUUAUUCUCCAACAACAACCUGCAUAUUUAUUGCGUCUUCUUUUUUCUGUUAAAACAAAAAAAGAAAGAGAUGUUGUAUUAAGAAUUACACAACAAGUGUAUCUUGAGCUUAACGACAGAAGGAUUGCGGGUUUAUUUUGUUGUCUUAUGCGAGCGGUGGCGAGGCAAGAAGUUGCUGAAGUUCCUGACCUGGCGUCCUCGACGUCCAAUUUAGUCAGGCUGGUGCGGAUCUCCUUGGCUACAUAUGUUUCGCGUCUUCCUAACGUGAAGUUUUGCUACACUUUUGACGACAUUCUUAGGAAAUACGGAUUGGAGACAGUAGAGGGAGCAUCAAAGAAACAACAAGAAGCAAUAAGGAGAUCUUUUCAUGAGGGUUUUGAGGCACUCAUCAACUUGUGCAAGAAGUAUGAGUCUUACCUAAACCUCUCUGCUCAUGACCCCGUGGCGAAGAUCGUCCAAGCCGUAAGCGAAGGGAGAAACCCUCCUUUCCCUCCGGAGAUGAUAGAAGAAUGUAAAACAGCACAAACUGCUCAGAGCUUCAAGGUUGACCAUCGCUUCCUCCUCACGGAGAAGAAUUUGGUGUAUUGCUCUCUUACACAUGCGCCAGUUCCCCAACGCUUAGCAUUGCGGCAGCGGGCCCAGACCCAGGAUGGCCACCGCGUAUUAGCAGUAUUAAUUCGUUAUGUAGCAUUAGACCCUAAUGAUAUACGUGAGCAAUUAAGAGAAUGUUUACGUAUAUCUCCUCCUUUAUCUGCGUAUACACCUGAGAAAUUAUCCGCAGAAUUUGCUGCAAUUGCUGAACAUUUAGCGAGUUUAGAUACACCAGACUUCCAAACCGCCGCCCUAUUCGAGGGGACGCAUCUAGAUGAGAUUCAAGCCUUACAAAGAGAAUAUGACAUUAAUUUACGAAGUCGCGUGCAAACCCUAAAAGAGGCAAUUCAGGCAGCAGAAACCCUAGUUGUUGAGCAGCCUAUAGAGAUUGCUGCUAGACGUUAUAAUUUUACAUUGGCAUUUCCUUCCUUACGCCGUAAACAACCCGAUAAAAAACAAGAUGAUACUUAUGCCUCCUUAACAUUUAAAUACUCCGUACUUCUACAGAGAGAGGUUUGCUCCUAG